AUGGAUUCGCAGCAUCGAACUCCUCCGUCUCCACAAGCCGGUGAUUCAACCGCCAUCAAUCUCACGGCCUUCCUCUUAUUCGUUGUCAUUGCCGCUGCGGUUUUGGUCCCUUCAGUGUCCUUAACCAUUCUGCACCAAGUCCCUGAAGGCCAUGUGGGGGUAUAUUGGAGAGGAGGUGCCCUUCUGAAAACAAUCACAGAGCCAGGUUUCCAUUUAAAGAUGCCUUUCUUAACUCUGUAUGAGCCAGUUCAAGUGACACUUCAGACAGACCAGGUGACAGAUAUACCAUGCGGUACUAAAGGAGGUGUUAUGAUCAAUUUUGGGAAGAUCGAGGUUGUUAACCGACUCCGUAAGGAAUUUGUCUUUGAGACAUUGCUCAACUAUGGUGUCCAGUAUGAUAAGACGUGGAUAUAUGACAAGAUUCAUCAUGAGAUUAAUCAGUUCUGCAGCUCUCAUAGUCUUCAACAAGUCUAUAUUGAUGUGUUUGAUCAGAUUGAUGAAAAGAUGAAAGAUGCUCUUCAAGUUGACUGCACCCGCUAUGCUCCAGGCAUUGAGAUCAUCAGUGUCCGUGUCACAAAGCCAACUAUUCCAGAGAGCAUAAGACGCAACUUCGAACAAAUGGAAGAGGAGCGUACUAAGGUCUUAAUUGCUAUUGAGAAACAGAAAGUAUCUGAGAAGGAGGCAGAGACAACGAAGAAGAUGGCUAUUAGUGAGGCUGAGAAGAAUGCCAAUGUUAGCAAGAUCCUUAUGGAACAAAAAUUGUUGGAGAAGGAUAGUGCUAGGAGACAGGAAGAGAUUGAGAAUCAAAUGUACCUGGCACGAGAAAAGAGCCUGGCAGAUGCAGAUUUCUACCGUGUAAUAAAGGAAGCUGAAGCAAACAGGUUGAAGCUUACCCCUGAAUUUCUUCAGCUUAAAUUUAUUCAGGCCAUUGCUAAUAAUACAAAGAUUUUCUUUGGGGACAAGGUUCCAAAUAUGAUUUUGGAUCAGAGGCUGCUUGGAAACUUCCUUCAAGAAGUUUCUAGAGGGUCAGCUACAAAGGCAAAAGCAGAUAUCUGAAUUCUUAGCCAUCGGUGCACAGGUGACUCAUAAGGAUUACCAACAUUUUGGAAGGGAUUGUUAUAUCCUCACAGUUAUCUUUUACACAAGAAGGAAACUAUUAUAUUACAAGGUUUUUUCGGGGGGGUUUUGUGUGUGUGAAUUCUUAGCCGUCAGUGCACAGGUGACUCAUAAGGAGUACCAACAUUUUGAAAGGGAGUGUUAUAUCUUCACAGUUGUCUUUUACAAAAGAAGGAAACUAUUACUUUACAAGGUUUUUUCGGGGUU